AUGCGGCCGGCACAAGCUCUUAGUUGGUACCGGCGGAUGUCAGUCGUUUACGGACUGGGCGCCUGGACCCUGCUGGGCUCCUUGAUUUUCUUGAGUCAGAAAAAGAGCAAGCCGCCAGGUGAUAAAGUAGAACAAAAGGAUGCCUCAAGAAACGAACUAUCUGAGCCCCCAAAAGGCUUUUAUGUGGAAACGAUUGUCACAUAUAGAGAAGAUUUUGUUCCAGUUACUGCCAAGAUCAUCAACUAUUUGAAAUCAUGGACUAGUGGCCCUGGACCAAAAUCAUGA